AUGGCUAGCUUUACCUCUCUUCUCGUGGCAUACGUGCUGGGCGGCUUUACGUUUAUACCUUUGGUCGUUGCAUCCGUAUUAGCGUUUAUCUUCUACACGUCCCCCGUCUUAGACGAUGCCGCGAACGAACACAAAUACAGCCUUAUCGUUGAUAAGGACGAUGAUACAACCGCCCUCGAGGCCGCAAAGCGGUCGCACAAAAAGGACAACCGCGCGCACGAGAACGACCUUGAUGUAGCCGCCGGCUUCUUUGCCGUGUGCAGAGAAUACACGCCUAUGGGCAUCAACGCAAAGCCUAUCGAAAGAUCAACCCCGGUGGGCUCGACGACCGUGGCCUCUCCAAGCCCCAGCGUCUAUCAGACCAUGUACAGGAGUAUUUUCGAGAGAAAGCCUACUCCAGGACCCAUGGAAAACAAUAGCAACACUACGAGCCAGAGACCGAAGAAUGCUGGCAAUGUGUUUUACGUGGUUCUGAGACAUGGUCACCUAAUGUUGUUCGAUGAUGAAGAGCAAGUCGAAGUCCGACAUGUUGUUUCUCUAGCAUAUCAUGACAUCAGUAUAUACUCUGGUGGUGAUGUCACACCGGAAGGUGAACUUUUCAUCAAGCGAAAUGCGAUUAGAUUAUCCCGAAAACCAUCUGGCACUGAGCUAGCCCCAGACAGUCCUAUUUCAAAACCCUUCUAUCUCUUCUCCGAAAACUGUUCAGCCAAGGAAGAUUUCUACUUCGCUCUGCUCAAAAACCAAGAGCAGAAUUACGGUACAGACGGCCAAGUACCGAAGCCCUUACAAUUUGACGUCAAGAACAUCAUCUCCUUGGUUCAGAAGCUUCACUCGACGGAAGAGAAUGUUCAUUCAAGAUGGAUCAACGCACUAUUGGGAAGAGUUUUCUUGGGUAUCAACAAGACAAAGGACAUUGAGGCUUUCAUUCGUGAGAAACUCACCAAAAAGAUCUCUCGUGUCAAAAAGCCUGCCUUCCUCACUAAUAUUACCAUUAACGGGAUCGACACUGGCGAUGCAGCUCCUUACUUCAGCAAUUUCAAACUUAAGGAUCUUACGGUUGAGGGAGAAUGUGUCGUGGAAGCUGAUGUCAAGUAUUCGGGAAACGCUCGUAUUGAGAUUGCUGCUACGGCCAAGAUCGAUCUUGGAAGCAGAUUCAAAACGCGAGAGGUCAAUCUUGUUCUUGCAGCUGUGCUCAAGAGAGCUGAAGGUCACAUGUUGUUCAAAAUUAAGCCCCCGCCGAGCAACCGAGUCUGGGUUACUUUCCAAAGCAUGCCAAAGAUGGAAAUGGAUAUCGAGCCCAUUGUUAGUGCGCGACAAAUCACCUACACAGUCAUUCUUCGCCAGAUUGAGAAUCGUAUCAAGGAAGUCAUCGCAGAGACUGUUGUACUGCCGUUCUGGGACGAUAUGCCAUUCUUCAAGACAGAGCACAAGCAAUGGCGAGGUGGCAUCUUUGAAGGUGAUGAUGCCACGGUCCCAACUGACGAUGCUGAGAGUAUAGUGGCAGCGGCAGGAGAUGUUGCUGCAGUCAGCCAUCUAGAUGGGAAUCCGGACUUGACAGAGGAAGCCCGACCUUUUGAAAAGAGCCAUACUAUACCUGUGAUGGAAUCGACGCCACCGCCGACCGGUCUGUUUGGGCGCAGACUCAGCAGAACGGGUACUAACCCUCAAGCUUCUGCAUCAUCAACCAGUGUCGAUUCUAAAGGUCCAGGUGCGAGCCCAGUCUUGAAGCCUAAGAUAUCCAAGACAUCACUUGAACCUGUUGUAGGCACUGAUGUCGCCCAUGCCGAUAUCUUCAAGCCGUCAACUUCGCCUCCCGAUCAUGCGACCAACUACAUGACAGCUUUGCACUCGCGUGCACACGAUGCUUCUCCCCGACCACCUCAGCCUGCAGAUACACCACCAGUGGCGUCAUCUGCCUCUCAGCGUUCUAAUCGUUCCUCGCGCUCCUCCUCAUCUGUCAAUGAUACUGUGAACAAUGUCCCAGGAGUGGCAGAAGAUUCUCAGAAGACGCCAGUGGCUAUGGGGCGGCGCAAUACAGCUUCAUCAAUUGGUUCAGGAUCCCAUACCGACGAAAGACCUGGCUCUUCUGCUUCUUCUCUUAAAGAAUCGAUGAAGAGCCAGACAGGCUCAAUAGGAAGGAGUUUCUUCGCAAGGCGUGACCAUGGGGAGAUACCGGUGCACGAAGAAGAAGAGCUCGACCAGAGUGAAGCUUCUCGGGACUUACAACCCGACCAGAGUCAUGCACAAAAUCUGAAUCAUAGGCAGACUACACUGGCUGCUGUCUCGAAUGCAGCAAUGCAGGCCAAACAAUGGGGCUGGAAUGCCUACCAACGGCACAAAGAGGCGCGAAGGCAGGCUGAGCAAGCAAGUCAUCUUGAUCUUAGCCAACCUAUGGGCCGAGGGCAACCGUUACCUCCUCCUGGAACACCUCUCCCCAAACCUACUAACGGUAUGACGCGGAUAGCACCUCCAACGAGCGUUCCUGCGAGGAAGCCCGUCCCUGGCUCGGCAGCACAUACUUCAGUCGAGUCCUUGGAAACUCAUCAUGAGAACCAUCACGAACAGGAUCAGGACAACCAUGGCGACUACCGCCCUCCGUUGCCCCAGCGCGGACGUCGCCGACAGAGCCACGUUCCAGAACCAGAUAACGGACAGAAUGUACUUAUCGUCGCUGCCCCAGAAGACUCCCAGCCCGCCACACCUUCAGGAGAUGACCCUUUGAACCAUCAAAUCUGGGCUUCGAGUGAUGAACAGACCGUGACAGAUAGCGGAACUUCUCACCCUCCAUCGAUGCUCACAAAUGAGUCCUCGCUUAUGCAGGAGGACAUCAAACCAAGCAAUUCAGUGGGAGCACUACCGACUGCUGCUGCAGCGACUGAUGACGACGACGACUUCUCUGGCUGGAUGGACAACGAAACUUUAGAUAUGGAAAUUAACAGCCCUCCACGGCCUGCAGCAGCACAGGAAGUCAAGUAG